CAUUGGCCUUCCUGGUGUCUUCUUAUAUCUCAUCUUUAAGUCGUUGUCUUUGGUUCUGUGCUCUGCUGUUUAGUCACUUCCUGUUGUGCUUGGCUCUUUGUUUACGUCUUUUGUCAUUGUCUGUUCAGGAGUUUGUUCACAAUCUUUUAGAUUCACUUUAAUUAAAACUUCGUUGUGCUUACUUUGUCUGCUUGCUGCAUUUAGGGUCAUUUUGGCAAAACUGUGAAUCAGCACAGAUUUGCCUUCUCUUUUAAAAAUGUCACGAUGAGACGCACUGUGCUCACUGAAGGAAACCACAGGCUGUACGGAAGAGGAAAAGGGUUUGAGACCUCUGACACGUGGUUUGCUGUCACUCCUGCACUGAUCUGUGAACAUGAAGACAUCGGUGGGUUUCUGGCUCCUGGCUGUGCUGCUCUUAGCUGCAUCCAGCUUCUCUCAGGCUCAGAUUGUAAAGAAGUACUUUGAGGAUGGCGACACGCUUCAGCUCAGCCCUCAGCCGGUCUCUGAAAAGAUCACCAGCAUCGUGUGGUAUUGUGAUGAGUACCUGCUGGCUGAGUGGGUGAAAGACUUGAUUGAGCUGAGAGAUCACAUCUCGUUUAAAGGCCGAACAAAUCUGAACACUGACACAGGAGUGUUGGAGAUCAGGGACAUGACUGCGGCAGACAGUGGAGUGUACUCAGUGGAGAUCAACAACCAGGUCCAGAGUCGGGUUCAUCAGGCUGUGAGGAUUGAAGCAGUGCCUCAGCCUGUGGUGAGUGUGAGGCCGCUGUUGUGUAACUCAACCUCAAAGAGCUGCACACUGAGCUGUGACGGAGACGUCAGCAAUGCUGGGCCUGUCGAGUAUUUCUGGAAGAUCGGAGAUGGAGAGUGGAAGCAGUCAGGAACGAACAUGGAAAUCAUCGGUGAUGAGGAAACACAGCGUGUCCCAACUUUCUCCUGCAGGAUGAAGAAUCGAGUGAGUGAGAGAGACAGCAAACCUCUCUUUAACCCACUCUUCCAAAUAAAACCUGCAGACUGUGGACACUGGAUGAUAGUUUUAGGUGCUGUGAUGAGAUCUCUGGCGAUCGUGGCGCUCUUUGUUGCCGUCGUCUACUUUUUGUGCCAGAAACUGCUCUCUGUCUGUGUCUGUAAACACAGAAAAGGUCAUAAUGAUGCAGUUUAAUGUUGACUAUCACCUUUGGUUUCCUGGUGAAGACUAAAGCAUGUCAGCUGUCCUGAAAGUUCACAUUUAUUUGCUCAUAAAACUCUUCUGCUUAUUUUCUAUAGCAAUGAUAAUCACCAGGCUGUCAUGGCCAUGGUCUGCCAUGUUUGUAGUUUCCUCUGUUCUUGUGCCUUUUACAGUAUUUGCAUUUGUCUGUUUCUCCUCUUUAAACCAGUAAGUA